GGAGGGGAAUGGCUCGUUUCUAUGUGAGUCGCCGGAGCUCCCUCAGCCUGCUUCUUACCACCUGUCCUUGACUUACAGCGCUCAGACGCCUCUGAGCGGAAGCCGUGCUGCUCACACUCCUCCUGGCUCCUCUCUGUCUGUGUUUACGUGAACAGCAGCGUUUUCUCACAAUCUUUUCACUCUGUGUGUGCCCGUUCCUUCCUACCUGUGGUGCUUCAGGGGAGGGGUAGGGGGGUGGCGGGGGGGCGAAGAGAGGAACGUCGGCCGGUGGAGCUCUGAUGGGAGGCAGCGCUGGCUGGGACUGGGAUGCUGAACAGGGGGAGGGAGGGCCUGUUUGAGCUGGGACAGCAGCUCCAGCAGCAGGGCGAGUAUCAGGCCGCCCUCCACUGCUUCCUCAGCUGCCUGUUGGGACUGACCCAUGUGCAGAGCUUCACCUAUUUGCCCAACUGCCUUCACCAGAUUGCAGAACUCUUCAUCACUGAGAAAAACUAUGAGAAGGCCCUGCAAUUCAUCCAGGCUGAGAAAAUGUUCUACGAGGUGGCAUUGAUCGAGCUCACCACUCUGCAUGGGAGCACAGGGCCCCAGGAGGAGGCCCCGCUGGGCUCCGCGGGAUGGACGACUCCAGAGGAGCUCUCGGAGCAGGCCUCCCAGGCACAGCACCUCGAGAGGCUGGCCCAGCUCUGCAUCAUGAGCAAACAACCGCAUCUGGCUUUAGAAUACAGCGGCAAGGCGGCAAAGAUCCACCAGAGGGCUUUUGGUAAUGACCACCCCGUCACAGCCAGAAGCCUGGAGCUUAUGGCCACUGUCUAUGCUGAGAUCGGCAAGACUGAAUAUUCAGACUCGCUGGGUCAGUGCGUGUCCGCGCUGUCCAAGCGCUUUGCCGCCGGGGAGGCCGCCGCAGACGCCGUCAGCUGUGCGCCUCAUCCCCACGGGGAGAGAGACUCGGAGUUGCGCCACAGAAAGGACACGCGGCACCACGAGGAGGAUGCGCUGACACCCAAGGUAGCGUCGGCAAACGCCCGGCACUCAUCUUCAGCGAUGUCACGUCUGGAUGUGACCAACGGCAAAGUCCCCACCUCCAUCCUGAAGAGGCCGAGUCCCAGCUGCGGGCCGGACACAGAAGCCAACCACAGGCGGAAAGGCGAACGGAGGGUUCGAUUCCGGGAGCCGGAGACGACGGUACACGCCUAUGAGACGACCCGGUCCGGCCCCCACCUCGCCCUGUUAACCUGCCUCUUCCUGCUGAUGUCAUUCCUGGGCGUGGCCAUGUACUGCACAGACCGGCGGCGGCCGCAGCGGGUGUGCGAGGAGCUGGAGCACGCUCUGUCCGUCUACCUGCUGCACAUGAAACGCCUCCUGUGGGGCUGCUGGAUAUGGCUGACCAUGCAGUGACCGAGGACAACCGACGGGGGAGACGUGGAGCCUUCCCUCAUUUCUUUUCCCAGAGGCAACUUUUCUCUGAAGGAGCGUACAAGGGCCCACAGACACCUCGGCCUUUUGACGAGGCUCAGCACGCCGUCUGUGGCGUCGAACGACUCUCUUAGUGGAAAAAGGACACAAAAUUUUAAUCCCAGAAAUAUGUAGCUAUGUUUAAAAAAGUGCUAAGGUGGUGGGCAUUUUGCUCCUUAUUUAAGCUAUGAUUUUGGCACAUCUGCAAUGUUGAUGCUCACAUGUACGGCUCAGUGAAUCACGAUGGAAUGCAUAAAUUCAUUUAGUUUCAGAUGUUACACAGAACUGAAUGUGUAUACAUGGUUCACUAUGAUAAGGACUUAGUAACUGCACAUAAAGGAAUGUGGAGGAGUUCGAAGGCGGCUUCGAUCGGCCCGCAGCUCAUUGGAGGACGGAGGCACAGAUGUGUGAGCUGUUGGAUAGAAAAUACAUAGCAGCACCGGGUUGAAUGCUGAACAGAUGAAAAUCAUCUCUCUCUCUCUCUCCACAGGCCGUCUGGUCUUGUGUACAAGUGACUGUCGUCAGCUGACUCUUAGCUCCACGAGGAGAAAAUCGACAGCACAAUGUAAUGAAUUUUCUCACCUUAUCUAACGCCGAAAGAGGAUAUACUCAAAAUGAAUGGAUACUAAUGCUUUUGACAGUGUUCCUCUUUGUAACCGCUUGAAUCCCACCACAUGUCCUGGAUCCCAAAUGUUAUUUAUUCUUCUAUACUGUAUAUCUGCAUCCAAGAAAAUAUCAAACUUUCAGCUCUUUUCAAUUUUUUAACUUUUUGUUACCUGUUGCGUUUCUAUUUAAAAAUAACAAUAAUAUUCAGGUUUUAACCAUCAAAUGCUCAUCAAGCUUUGGACAAAAAUAAUACAUAUCAUUUUUUGUCACGUUCAUUGCCAUUAAUACGAGGCCAAACAGAAAUAUGACAGUAUCCGAUUCUGUAGGUUAUCUUAUGAGUCCCUUUAUCCAAGAAGCAAAAAAAAAAGAACCACACAAAUGGAUUAUAGGCAUCAACGGGCACAGAGAGGCACAUCCCAAAGAGCUCCCGUUACAAGCAAUAACACACAUGACAUGUUUUUCGAGUAAAAC